GUCAGUUGAGAGUAUCGAAUCGAAUGGAGUGAACUCUUAAGUUUCCAGAAAGGAAUGCCAGAACCUUCUGCCACCUAAUAUAAAAAACACUACACCCAAACCAAACAAUGGCUUCCACUCUCUGUUGUAGAGCAUCGUUGCUUGUUUCAUCCAACGCAACACGACGCCGUUUCCAACUGCUCGCUUCGUUUCCCACUCUCUCUUCUUCUUCCUCGUAUCUCAAAAUGGGUUGCGUCCAGCCUCUCCCCUUUGUUCGUCUCUUAAGAUCCAAGUUCAGUACCCGUGCACCUGAUAAGACCGUCCCCGUUGUAAAAAUGGAAGCGAGUAGCAACACUGUUCCAAGCAUCGUCGUUUAUGUUACUGUUCCAAACAGGGACGCAGGUAGGAAGCUGGCUGAUAGCAUAGUCAAAGAGAAACUUGCAGCAUGUGUGAACAUAGUACCAGGUGUGGUAUCAGUGUAUGAAUGGGAAGGAAAGGUCAACAGAGAUCCUGAGGAACUGCUGAUAAUCAAAACAAGGCAAUCCCUACUGCCAGCACUCACAGAACAUGUCAAGGCAAAUCAUGAAUAUGAUGUACCAGAAGUAAUUGCCUUACCAAUUGGCGGCGGCAGCGCUGAGUUUCUAGAAUGGCUCAAAAACAGUACAAGGGAGUGAAAUUCUCGGAUCUUGUAUUAUGGUGUGGCCGUGUGUAAAACCAUUUAAUCUUUUAUGUUUCCUUUUAUGAGGAUCUGGUGUCUGGCUUGUAUGAAUGUAUAUGGCUUCUUCUGGCCUAAAUAAAGACUCUCUCAUGUUUACAAUAUGUCAUAUGAAAUCUAAAACCUAUUUUUCAUAAGAA